CGAACACAUCAUGUUAGCACGACCGGACCCGGUACCCCAGUGACAGGAGUAUACAGACCAGGGUCUGCAGGGGACCAGGGUCUGACGAGGACCAGGGUCUGAUGAGGACCACGGCCUUGUGAGGACCAUGGUCUGAUGAGCUCAUAGCCUUGUGAGGACCAGGGUCUUGUGAGGACUAGGGUCUGAUGAGGACCAGGGUCUGAUGAGGACCAGGGUCCACAUGUUUAACGGUCUCAUCUGUUUCCUGGUUUGCGUCCUGGCUCCUCAGUCUUCAAAGGCUCCGCCUCCAGACAGUGGACGUGGUUUGUUGACUGAUUUCAGUUGUUGGCUGUGAAUCAUCAAGGGGCUCUCCACCAAUCAGGUCACCCGUGUCCCCCUUGACACCAGAGUCAUGAGCAUCGUCCUCCCUUCAUCCUCAUCCUCGCCUCACAUCCACCUGGAGACCAGACCAACUCAGAGGCUGUUCUAGAUCCUGGAGAUGACGGACCUGCCUCACAGACGCCACGGCAACCGUCCCCAAAGAUGGGCCGCCCCAUCGCCCCGGGCAACCCUCAGCAGACUGGAGCCCAGGUCACCCGAGACCAGACCGAUUCUGGAAACCUCUGGCAAGGAGGGGAACGUCUCAGAGGAACCACAGGUGGACAGAGGUGGAGUCUAUGAGAUGGAAAAUGAGACAAACCAGUUGGAAAAACGUCAGAGAUGUCCUGAGGAAAACGUGAAGGCUUUACUGAAACGAAUCAGGAUCCAUCCAGAAGCCCAGAGGAUUCUGGGUAAGUCCAGCAUUGCCGUGGUGAGCCUGGAGCGCCUGAACUUCCAGUGUGUGCCGUUGUCGUGUCUGCAGCCGGUGGUGUGUUUAGUCCGACUUCAGGACCGAGAGGUUGAAGAGUCCGGAUCAGAGCCUCAGCAGAAUGGCUGGAGUCAGAGCGAGGUGGACUUUGUUGAGUCAUGUGAUCUCAGCACAUCAGAGGCCACACCCAUCUCCUGGACAGAACCAUUUUGUCCUGAAGAACCGGCUGAAGAACCAGAGCAGGACUCUGGCUUUGAUUGCGAGUCGAAUCCAGACCAACCGUACAUCCUGUUGGAUCCAGAUGAAUGGGAUACCGGUGGGAAACCUGAGUCUGAGACAUUUUACUUGGACCCAGACCUGGAGCAAAACCUAGUGAUCCAAGUGGACCCCGAACCAGAGUCAGAACAGGACAGGUCCCUGGUACUGGAGGAUGAGUCCAGAUGUGAGGUAAACCUCGAUGAGAAAGACGAGGCUGUGGAUGAAGGUGGUCAGCGUUCGGAGGAUGGCUCAUUGGGUCCACAUCCUGAGUCCAGAUCGGGGAUGGUGGAGGUGGAGAGUGAGGACUUCUGUGCAGUUUGUCUGAACGGUGGAGAUCUGCUGUGCUGCGACCGCUGUCCUAAAGUCUACCAUCUGGCCUGUCACAUCCCUCCUCUGGUGGACUUUCCCUUAGGCGACUGGCUGUGUACCCUUUGCAGACCUGACCAGGACUCUGCGGACAUUUACGACUGUGAGAACGUUCACUCCUGUGGUGGAAGCAGAGCCCCAUACACCCUGUCCAACCAGGACCAGAGGAGAUGUGAGAAACUGACUCUGCUGCUGUACAGUCAUCUGCUCAGCGCUCCAUUCCAUGACCCGGUCAGUCCUCUGGCCCGCAACUACUACCAGAUCAUCAGAAGGCCCAUCGACCUGUCGGUGAUCCGCAGGAAACUGAACAAGAACAACACUCUGCACUAUUUUACCGCCGAGCAGUUUGUAGACGACGUUCUGCUCAUGUUUAAGAACUGCUCCACAUUCAACUACCCGGACUCAGAGGUGGCCCAGGCCGGUCGAAACCUGGAGCUGUUUUUCUUGAACAAACUGAAGGAGGUUUUCCCAGAGAGGACGUUUCCAUCGGCCAGUCAGGACCGGAUGGACAGAGCCCGUCUCCAGUGGACGAACAGGAAGAGGAAGGAAGGCAGCAGGAGGAGGAGAUGUGUGUUCACCGGCAAGAAGUACUACCUGUAA